AUGAACUCUUCCAUAAAUAUAAAGGGUAACCAAUCUUUAAAAGCACAUCUAUAUUUUGUAAACAGUAUAUAUAUAAUUCCAGUCGAUAAAUCCUAUAUGCCCAUCCAGGAGAGUCCAUCGGUGCUCCACAUCUUGUUCUUGUGCUUCAAAAUCUGCUUACGAAGUUGGGGACAUCUCACUUAUACGACAUCCGGUGGAUCAGCACAACACCGAGAUGAAGGACGACUAAGCAUCAAAAAAAGAAGUUGGCUCAAUGCCUUGAAACCCUCGGCCUCGUACUCAGAAUCCUGGACACCACCAGAGCUCAGUCAGGGUCCCGAAGGUUAA